AUGGCUGACCAGGAGCUCAAACAGUUCGCCGAAGAGGUCGAGGCCGUCAAGCAAUGGUGGAAGAACCCACGCUUCGCCAACACCACCCGCCCCUACACCGCCGAGCAGGUCGUCUCAAAACGUGGCACUCUCCAGCAGUCGUACCCCUCGAAUGUGCAGGCCAAGAAGCUCUGGAAGACGCUCGAGGGCCAUGCUUCCAAGGGCACCACCUCGCACACAUACGGUGCUCUCGACCCCGUCCAGGUGACGCAGAUGGCCAAGCACCUCGAGACGGUCUACGUCUCGGGUUGGCAAUGCUCGUCGACCGCCUCGUCGACCAACGAGCCCGGUCCCGAUCUGGCUGAUUACCCCUACAACACGGUGCCUCUCAAGGUCGAGCACCUCUUCAUGGCGCAGCUCUUCCACGACCGCAAGCAGCGCGAGGAGCGCACCCACAUGUCGCCCGAGCAGCGUGCCAAGACUCCCGUGGUCGACUACCUUCGCCCCAUUGUCGCCGACGCCGACACGGGUCACGGUGGUCUCACGGCCGUCAUGAAGCUCACCAAGCUCUUUGUCGAGAAGGGCGCUGCCGGUAUCCACAUCGAGGACCAGGCACCAGGCACCAAGAAGUGUGGACACAUGGCUGGUAAGGUGCUUGUGCCCAUCCAGGAGCACAUCAACCGUCUGGUCGCCAUCCGACUCCAGUACGACAUUAUGGGCGUCGAGAACCUGGUCGUGGCACGAACCGACUCGGAAGCCGCCACGCUGAUCACGACCAACGUCGACGAGCGCGACCACGCCUUCAUCCUCGGAACCACGCACACCGACCUCGAGCCUCUGGUCGACAUUCUCAACCGCGCCGAGCAGGAGGGUGCCGACGGACCCAAGCUCAUCGCUCUCGAGGACGAGUGGCUGUCCAAGGCGCAGCCCGUGCGCUACGGUGACGCCGUGGCUGCCGAGCUGGAGAAGAAGGGCAAGAAGUCCGAGGCUGAGGCCUUCCGCAAGGAAGUGAUCGGCAUCUCGCUGCUCAAGGCCAAGGCCAAGGCCAAGAGCCUCGGUGUCGAGGUUGGCUUCGACUGGGAUGCCUGCCGAACGCGCGAGGGCUACUACCGAUACCAGGGUGGAACCGACUGCGCCAUCAACCGUGCCAUCGCUUUCGGACCAUACGCCGAUCUGCUGUGGAUGGAGACCAAGUCGCCCAUCCUAGCUCAGGCCAAGGAGUUCGCCGAGGGUGUCAAGGCUGCUCGUCCCCACCAGUGGCUCGCGUACAACCUGUCGCCGUCGUUCAACUGGGACGCGGCCAAGUUGAGCACGGAACAGAUGAAGAGCUACGUGUGGGAUCUGGGCAAGCUCGGAUUCGUAUGGCAAUUCAUCACGCUCGGUGGUCUGCACUCGAACGCCUACAUCUCGGACCUGUUCGCCGCAGGCUUCGCCAAGGAAGGCAUGAAGGCCUAUGUCGAGAUCGUGCAGCGCAAGGAGCGCGAGAUUGGUUGCGACGUCUUGACGCACCAAAAGUGGUCGGGCGCCAACUUUGUCGACGCGUGCCUCAACACUGUGCUCAAGGCGGCUUCUACGUCGGCCAUGGGCAAGGGUGUGACCGAGACCCAGUUCAAGUAA